AUGCAACAGAGUUUGGCUAAAAUCGAUAAUCAGGAGCGCCAGCAAAGUGAAAGAAACCAAGAUGAGCCUGAGGAGAAUGUAGAGGAGACGUCUUCUAUUCAGGGGCAACAGUAUAACAGACAAAUUCCAGCAUUCUGA